AAAGAUUUUUCGAGGAUCCAUUGUUGGAGUCCAAACCAGGAGACUUGUUGGAGAUGAUGCCCUAAACGAAGAAGAAGACUUUGGCGACAAAACAAGUCUCGUUUUGUCUACCCAAUCACUCUUGAUCUGAAGAUUCCCUGCUCCUGGUUAUUAUGAUGUCUCGGCAGAGUCAGUUAUUUACAUUGCUUAAGAGAAGAUUUCAUUCACCGUCUAAUGAUGCCCCAACAGAAACCUUAAGAAAGAAGUUAGCCGAUUUGCAAAAAAGUAAGAAGCGAAGGAACCCAGUAAAGAAUCAGUUUCUAGUUGAAGUUCCAGAAUCAAGAUCGUAUCUGGACACAGCAACCAUGCCUAUGUUCCUCGCCGUUGUCGGUAUCGCAUUGUUUGCAAAGGUGUUAAUGAUGAUCGAUGAUUCAAAAUCGCAAGAAAUGAUUGAACGCAAGAUAAAGAAUGCACCACCGGGGCAAGGCACAGUGCGGAUGAUCGAACGUGAGGAGUGGGAUGAGUUUAGAGAAGUAAGGCCAAGAACACCUUUUGAGUCCAAGCUUGCUCGCCCAAAUGCACAAAUUAGAACUGGAGAACCUGUGCGCAAGGAUGACUUGAAAAACUGGACAAUAGACGUGCUAACAGAUGCGCUUGCACGAACCGAAGAAAGUGUUCGUCGCGGUUCCAGUUAGGUUUUCAUGAAUUCUCCUUGUUUCAAUGGGAGUUUCCUGGUUAAUAUAUAUAACUUAAGAAGAAUUUGGUAGUCAAGAACAUUAUCGGCCAUUCUCCUAAGCGAACAUAGGCAUUAUUAGGACAGUAGGGAGAAGAACAUACAUAAGCAGUCUUGUAAUAAAGAAAUCUUGGAAAGCGAGAUAUGAAUAUUCUCGUUUGUUUCGGAACUGCAUCGUGUAUUCACACAAAUUUUCAUCAAAAUCAUUAAACAUCUUUACAGUGUCAAGAUGUUUCA